GAGAGGCGGGCGGGCGAGCAGGCAGCGGGCGGGGCCGAGCGGGCGCACGGACGGAGCGGAGCUGAGCGGCGCGGCAGCCCGCUAGAGCGUGAGGGGUGAUGCCGGCGCUCGCGGGGCUGCAGGCGGCGGCGGCGGCGAGGAGGGCGCGCUGAGGCGGCAGCAGCAUGUCCCGCAAGAAGAGCCCCCGGGGCAAGGGCGGCACCUCGGCGCCCUCCUCCGCCCUGCCCGCCGCCGCCGCCGCCGGCUCCGCGGCGGGCAAGGGACGGGGCGCGGCGGCGGCGGCGGCCGGGACCAAGGGGGCAGGCGCUGGGCACGGGGCAGCCGGAGCCGCCGCCGAAGCCUCGCCUGCCGCGGCCAACGGGGCGGUGCUGCCCAGCAGACCCUCGCUGAGCAGCAGCGGCGAGUUCUACGACGUCGCCUUCAAGGUGAUGCUGGUGGGCGACUCCGGCGUUGGCAAGACCUGCUUGCUGGUCCGAUUCAAGGACGGCGCCUUCCUGGCUGGGAGCUUCAUCUCCACGGUGGGGAUCGACUUCCGGAAUAAAGUCUUGAAUGUGGAUGGCGUGAAGGUGAAGCUUCAGAUCUGGGACACAGCUGGCCAGGAGAGGUUUCGUAGCGUCACGCACGCAUACUACCGGGACGCCCACGCUUUGCUGUUGCUUUAUGACGUCACAAACAGAGCAUCCUUUGACAACAUCCAGGCUUGGCUGACAGAAAUUCAUGAAUAUGCAAAGCAAGAUGUGGUCCUGAUGCUGCUGGGAAACAAGGUGGAUUCAGCCCAGGAGCGAGUGGUGAAACGAGAAGAUGGAGAGAAAUUAGCCAAGGAAUAUGGAGUGCCCUUUAUGGAGACCAGUGCCAAGAACGGGUUGAAUGUUGACUUGGCGUUCACGGCCGUUGCCAAGGAGCUGAAGCACAGAUCCAUGAAACUGCCCAACGAGCCCAGGUUUAAGCUCCACGACUACGUCAGAAAGGAGGUGAAAGGCACAGGCUGCUGCAGAUCCUAAAAUGUGGGCUCUGUCCGGUGUCAGGACCAGGGCAGCGCCCCUUGGACAGAGACUUGCCACGGGCGUCCCACAUGCCCUGCUGACUCCGCGUGUGCCGCCUUCUGACCUUCCCCACCUCCUGCAGAAACUGUUGUGUCUCUUUGUGUCUGUCUGUCCAGGCGAGAAGGGAGAAGCGAAGGAGAGGACGGGCCGUGGCGGCAUCUUUCUAGGCAGCCAGGGGUGGCUGAGCUGGCCAGGAAAGGAAAGCAUAAAAAUCAGGUGGAUGAGGAGUGGAAACCAGGCCACUGGGUGGGGCGGGAAACAUGGAACAGAAUAAGGGACCAAGCCUAUGAGAGCAGUCGGCAUGGCGGCCCCUGGAAGGUGUGGGAGUUGUGUGGACGUGGGUGCAACUCCCAUGCUGUCCAGGGGCACUUGUAGAAGGAAGGCGCCAUCCUCGUUGCUCUGGGCUGCUCUUGUCGGCAGCAGCAACUGCCUUGGACCCGGAGCUCCCCGUUAUCGUCACCCCUUUGAUCCCUGAUCCCCGCCCGCAGUCUUGGCUCAGCUCCACGACUGUUCUGUACCAGACCCUCCCACCCCUCUCCCACUUUAAAGACCCCCCCCUUUAAAAAUUGGGGGCAGAGGGAGACGGGCUUGCCCACCAGCUUAGCUGAUGCUUGUGAUGGAUGCCAUGCCGAUGGGUUGUCUGUGGACAUCAAGUCGAACUCCAAAAAGGGAGGGGGGGCGUUGCUGUCCUCCCCUCUCUCUGCCCCUUGGUUCGGCUGGUUCAUUUCAGAGUCUUAACUGCUGUGUGUUGGGUGGCAGGUUGGCUUAGCACUUAACAGUUUUUUGCUGCUGUUUAUUUGAAAUACUCCUCCUUCUCAUGCCGUUUGUCUCCUUUGGUUUUAUAAGCAUUUCUUUGGGUUUCUUCUGUGGUGGUUCUUGGUGGGGGGGGGCUCUUUUCCAGCACCUUGUUUGCCUCAUGGGAGUAAAUGGCAGUGGACUGAAGCCAAAAGAUGGACUCAGGGACUCUCUUGAGGUUUGUGUCCUGCUCCUUGCCCCCUCCGCUGCUGGGGAGGCACAGCUUUUGCAUCUCUCCUGGCCCACUGCAGCCGAGGAAACAGUGGGAGACUCACUGAGGAGUGUCGCCAUCUGCAGCUCCCUCCCUGGGCUCAGCUGGAGUGUGCUGGUGGAUUCUAGACUCUACGGGCCAGAAGCGCAUAAGCUCACAGCGCAGCCAGAGUAAGCCACAGUCCUGUGCCCUCCGGCCGGCCCCUGCUGCUGCUCAGAAUCGAGAAUGUACCUGUGUUUUGCACACAAAGUGCUAUCUAUAGACCUGCUACUUACUGGGCUUUCUUCCUUUGUGCAAAUUCCCUGUCCCCCUUUCGGUGUGGCUGGCACUUUGAUUUGAAACGCUGUUCUUUUACUAAGGCUCUUCUUCCUUGAAUUUUCUCUCUGUUCCCUACGUUUCCAAAGGACAAGCUGUCAAUCUGAGCAAGGACAUCUUGGACAAAAGCCAGCGUGCAUGUCAUGUGUCCACAGCCCUCUUUAGCUUCAACUGUCACUUGUACCGUACACCUGUCCGCCAGGGGAAAGCAGUCAUGUGCAGUGUGUGUAGUAUGUCAGUUGGACUGAGGUCUUUGUAUUUUACUUUAGGAAGGCCACUAGGCCUGCUGGCCCCCUGCUCUUGCCCCUGGCAUUGGCAGCUUGGCUUCUGCAACCCCCGUUUUGCAAGAGAAGCAGACUCCAGCUGGGGGUCUGUCCUCUACCUGGGCUUUGACUGCCAGCUCACAACAGAGGCCUGUCCAGCUCCUGAACUACUUCACAGUGUUACAUGUACUCCCUCUCCCCAAAUGCUGGCUGUUUAUAGUUUUCUGUUCCUCUUAAAUAAACGAUUUUUUAAAUGA